AUGUAUAUUAUACGAGCUAGUAGUCGUGGAGAGGGUGGCAGUACGCCCAUCGGGAGACCACUGUGCGUUUUCUUCCGCAAUAAAUUGAACAUCUUGGGUAUCGAUUUGCCGCUGCGUAGCGAAUUUCUGUAUUCGGUAACAGUAGGGGGUAGAGUUAAAACUACGACCGAGCAAGACGCCAAAACCCACUUGUGGUUCAUGCUUCGUGGCGCGUGUGGCAGCUUUUCCGCGGAGUUAAAACAUAACUACACAGCCGAACCGAGCUUUGGGAUCGCGUGCGUGAGCCUCUUGGAGAAAUGUUUGUGCGGGAGUGCGGAGCUUGUCGUUUUCUCCGAGAGUCCCGUGACGAAUAUCGCCUGCCCAGAGGAGAGCAUCUUCCCAGGCAGGACGGGGGCAUCCCGGAGUCAAUAA